AUGGCCGUCACUGACGACUCAGCUUCCCGGAAAUACGGCGUCGUCGUGGUCGGAGGGUCUGGUUACACGGGGAGUCUGGUAUGUUCCCACAUCGCUGCCACAUUUUCCACGGACCUCAGAUGGGCAAUCGCCGGCCGGUCAGCAGAGCGCCUCGAGCAGGUUGCGGCCAAGCUGAAAAAGGAAUACCCGGACAGAGUGCAGCCAGAGCUCGAAAUCGUCACGCCCGAUGAUACCAAAAGGCUUGGGGAGGUAAUCGGCAGAGCCAAGGUGUGCAUCAGCACCGUUCUCUAUGCCGUCGACGGAGAAAAUAUCGUACAGGCGUGUGUCGAGCAGGGAACCGACUACGUGGACUGCGCCGCCGUUCCCACCAUUUGUCGCGACUGGAUCGACAAAUUCGACGAGCAAGCCAAAGAAAAGGGCGUUGCGCUCGUUGAAUCUUGCGGAUUCAGGUCGGCGAUAAUGGAUCUCGUCGCCAUUCAUGCGUGUCGCGAGAUUGCGGAGAAGUGGUCGACGCAGAUGGGGAACAUGACGAUGCGGAUUGAUCUUCCCGAGACGGACGUGAGUGGUGGUACAGUCCGAACAAUGGUCUCGUUCGCAAGCGAAGGGUCGGCGGCCCUCGCUGCAGCGGCACAGCCAUCGUACUUGUCGCCAAUACCUUACACAAAUACCCUUCGAACAGUUCGAGGAAUCCACAAGAAUCCACUGCUCGGGAGACUAACGUACUCUUCUCCGGCUGGCGAUCAAACCCGGGGCCUCGUCCUCAGAUCUUGGGGUCUUCUCGGCGGCCCUAAUAGCAGCUGGGGGCCCAAUUUCCAGUACAACGAGUACGAGAAGGCUGAUUCAUACGGGGGCGCCAUCCUCAAUAUGGUCCGCUACUUUGUUGUGCUCAAGGUGCUUACCCUGGUCCAGUACCAGUGGUUCAGAAACCUCGUGUUGCGUUCUGCGCGGGAGCUGGGCACCGGACCAUCCGAGGAAGAUCUCAAGAGCACGCCCCUGACCGCUGCAGCUUUCGUCGAGGCUGACCCCACGGUGGAGAAGAAUCGGGGUAAAGGUUGCCUCGUGGAACUGAGAUACACGAACGGGGGGUAUCCAUUGGCUGCUCUGCUUAUGGCUCAAGCUGCAGCUACGCUGCUCUACGACCGGAACUUGCCAAGGGGCAUCAAGGGCGGAUGCCUUACAGCCGGGGUUUUGGGUCCAGACUUUGUCAACAGAGUCGUAUCUGGAGGCCUUGAGCUGAACACCACCAUGGUUGAGAACCAUGAGGGUUAG